AAAAAAAGGCAACAGCAAAAUGGUGCUCUACGUCAUUGGCCUCGGGCUCGGCGACGAGACCGACAUCACGGUGCGCGGCCUCAACGCGAUCAAGACGUGCGACAAGGUCUUCCUUGAGAACUACACGUCGAUCCUCGGCAUCGACCACAAGCUCCUGACCGAGUACUAUGGUCGUGAAGUCAUCUUGGCCGACCGCGAGUGCGUCGAGUCGGGCGCCGAAGUCAUCUACGAGCAAGCGAAGGACAAGAACAUUGCGUUCCUCGUCGUCGGCGAUCCGUUCUGCGCGACGACCCACACGGAUUUGAUCUUGCGUGCGCAAGAAAUCGGCGCCCGCGUUGAAGUCAUUCACAACGCAUCCGUCAUGGGCGCUGCCGGCGCCUGCGGCCUUCAGCUCUACCACUAUGGCCAAACCGUCUCGAUUCCGUUCUUCACCGAAGGCUGGCGCCCCGACAGCUUCUACGACAAGGUCGCUUUCAACCGCAAGGGCGGCUUGCACACGCUCUGUCUCCUCGACAUCAAGGUCAAGGAGCCCGACUUCGAAGCCAUGGCGCGCGGCCGCACCGUGUACCUCCCGCCUCGCUUCAUGACGGUCAACGAAGCCCUCGAACAACUGUUGGAGAUUGAAGAUCGCCGCCAAGAAAACGUCUACUCGCGCGAUACGAUGUGCGUGGGCAUGGCGCGUCUUGGGCAGCCGACGCAGUGCAUUGUGGCUGGCACCAUGCAGGAGCUCUUGACCGUCGACUUUGGUGGCCCGUUGCACUGCCUUGCGAUCGCGGGUGACGUGCACAUUUUGGAGCAAGAGAUGCUCGACCACUUUUCCGUUGCCAACUGGAACGCCCGCCAAGCUGCCAUUCAAAACUAAGUCCAUCGAUACAGACCGAGUUGGCCAAGGUCC